AUGGUGCUGGCCGAUGUGUUGGCCGCGUGGCUGGGCUACGCCGUCAUCGCGGGCGCGUGCAUCGUAAAGGUCCCUCAGAUUUUUCUCAUCGUCUCCCAGUCGAGCGCCGAAGGUCUGUCGGAGGCCGCUUGUGCCCUGGAUGCGAUCGCUGCAAGUAGCUUCUCCUACUACAACUUGCUGAAGGGUUAUCCCGUGGCUGGCUGGGGCGAGCAGGGCAUCGUGGCGGUUCAAGCCACGGUGGUGCUGAUGUUGGUGUGGAUCUACCGCAAGGGCGCCAACCGCAGCAACCUCAAGUUGAGGUUUAUUGGCUUUGCGAUAUGGAUCCUGCUCAGUGUAGCGAUCCUCGUGGAAGGCCACGAGUAUCAAAUCCUGGUCGGGAUUUUAGGUGACCGACAGGUGCCCAAGCAGGUGACCGAGCGUCGUUUGCGUCUGCGGUGGACUGGACAGCUGUCCCUCAUCACCUUCUUCCUGCAGUUCCUCGGCAGCGUGGCACGGUUCUUAACCACCUUGCAACUCUUGGGCAAGGACAUGCUCUCAUUGAUCUCUCAUUCUGUGGGUGCGGUGCUCAACUUGGUGGUCGCUUCUUGGCGGACCGUGAUGGGAUGUCGUGAAGUUCGGGCCGACGAGCGAACAAGACCAAAGGGUUGGAAUUGCCACUUCGUUUUCGGAACACAAGAACAAGUGCAGGUCUUGAUGUUGAACUCUAAGAUUUCUCCAUAA